AUUUUAUUUCUUAAAAAGUAAUGUUUUUUGUAAAUGCAGCAGCCGUGUCUGCAGAAAUGAACAUUCAGUCUGUAAAUGACUUUUGGCUAUUUGUUGUUUACUGCAUUGUGGUUAUUGUGGUGGUCAUCUUUUUCUUGUUUUAUUUCAAUCGAGUACUUGGACAAGUCUUGACGUUUCUUGUCAAUCAAUACACAUGGAGAACAUACAAUGCGUACCUUGAAGUUGAUUCUAUUCGAGUUUCUUUGCUCGGAGGCCGAAUUCUAUUCAAAAACUUGCGAUACUUGUCAACGAACCAAUCCGUUUCAAUUGUCAAAGGACAUAUUGAUUUCAGGUAUUGGCUAACAAAUGUUCGAAAAUCUGAGGAUGAUAAAACCGGUAAAACAAAAGAUUUACCUUGUAGAAUAGCAUGCAGCAUGGAAGGACUAGAAUAUUUUGUAUAUAAUAAUACACCCGCUUACGAAAAAAUGAAGGACGUGCUUGGUCUCUCCACCACAACAUCGACAACAUCGAGUGAGGAAACAUCAUCAGAAGAGGUUCGCGGAACCCUGGAUCCCGAAAGUCAAACCCCGAUACAUGUUGAUAAUUCUUUGAUGGAAAGAUUGAUGCCGUUCCAGUUCGAGUGUACAACGGGUGCUGUAAUGAUUGGAAACACAGAAUUAAAGUCAAUGCUCGUAUGGCAAGUGUCAAAAGCGGAUGGCAUCUACAGCAUUACUAAAUCAAGAUCAGCUAUGGAUUUCUAUAAAUCUGUGUUUGAUCUCGUCUUGAUCAAACCCCAAAUCAGUAUGAAGGAUAACAUGGAUUUUACUAAGGUGGAUGAGUUUGCCGAAACGGUGAUACACCCAUUACCCAGAGCAGGCUUCUGGGCUGGUUUAUUGAGACCCUUUCGAUUCUUACACCCAUCCAAGCACUCUAGAGAAUAUGGUAAAAUGUAUCAUAUGCGUGGCAUUAUGAGGGAAGGUCGAUCAAACUCUACUUCAGAUUCAGAAAGCAUUACAUAUCAUGAAGAAUAUGCCAGAGUGAUAAAUGUAAUCGAAUGCAAAGAAAUGAUAUUGACUUAUUACCAAGAUUAUGCUGGUCCUGUACCGACACCCGAAGCAUCCGAUAUUUUUCCUGGCAUAGGCAUUGAUGUAGGUAAUGGUGGCUUGCCACCAGAAUGGGGUAUUCGUAUCUCAGUGCGUGACGCUGCAACGCAUUAUGGUCCUUGGACCGAUAGACAACGGUCUGCUAUUCAAGACUACUUUUUUCCUAAUGCACAUCGUAACAAUAUACCAACACAGAGGUUAAAACCUGGACAGUCUAGGAUACCAACUGCAUUCGAGACGUAUAUUGAGUUUUUGAAUGAUGGUAAAAUAAGGGUGCCGACACGUGAAAAAUCAAAGGAUUGGAAAUAUGCUUCGGGAUCGUCAGAUAUAGAUAUCGCAUCGGAUGGCUAUUAUUCCAGACCUUAUGGCUGGUUAAAUGUUAAGGUUGGUGAAGGAUCCUUUGUGAAAAUAGUUACUCCAUUUGUUGUCGGUCCCAAUGGUAGUGAAAUGACGUUAGAUGUUGUGAUAAAGGACUUGGAUAUUACGACAAGUGUAAAUUAUGCUUCCUUUAUCCAAUCCAAUCGAAUUGAGAUUGGAAUUAAAAUGCCUUCCCCCUUGCAAUGGAAUGGUUAUCGUAAAUGGCUCGUCAACAUUGUACCAAAGAGGCCUACGAUCUUCUUAUUACGUGACCACAUCUUCUUAAUUCAGGAUCUUGUCAAAGACUGGGGCUCAACACCACCUGCAGACUUACUACAUUUCACUCCGAUUGAUUACAAGCUAGAAUGUGUACUAGAAAACCCUACCAUCUAUCUUUGCGUAAAUGAGCAUAAUGUCAUCAACAACCCUAAUUCAAUCGAAGACAAUGCGUUUUUGAAAAUUCAAACUCAUCGGUUAUCUGUCGACGUAAUUCUGCCAUUUACAGAAUUUCAAUCUGACACAACCGCCAUUAAAUUUUUCGUCAGCGCUGACCAUUGUACAGCCGGACUAUCACUUCAGACAUCGCAUACACUGAAUGCUUUUAUGCGUGAAGAUGAUGCACAUGCAGCAGUAGCAGUCACCUUAACAGUCGAUGGUUCGUACGAGUUUUAUAGCUCGGUGGAUAUAUUACGUCAUAUUGAAUCAUGCAAUCUUCAUAUCAAGAUCAAUGGAGCUACGGUUAAACUAUUUGGAACAUUGAUUCGUUAUUUGUUUUUACUCAAGGAUAAUUUCUUUGGUGCAUGGAAUAAUUUUUCAACCAUCGAUGAGUAUCGAAGACAUCGAAGUAAUCAUCAGGAAUGGAUAGAGCAAAAGAAGAAACAAGCCGACUCAAAGCCUGUGGUGGAUCCAUUUGAGGCAUAUGUAUUAGUCGAACUUCAAGAUGGCGUUUUAUUAUUGCCCGAAAACCUAUACGAGUGUUCCAGAUACUCUCAAUUCGAAUUCCAAGAACUUCAAGUCGAGCUAAGAAAUCUGGAUGUCUAUAUGGAUAUGUACAUCAAUUUUAGUCCAAUUACCCUCAGCAGGGACAGUAACCCUAACCCUCAAUCCAAACAAGGAUUUUUCCGUAUUAAAAAUGCCCGUGAUCCCAAAAAUUAUGUUUACAUCGAUGGUCUCAAUGUCACCAGUCAUCGUUUAUUUGGCCCUCUUCCUGAAUGCGCUACCUAUGUCUGUCAAUGGGAAUUUGAUAUUGGUCGAAUCUCGGGCGAAAUCAAACCCUCCUUUUUGUUGGGCCUCGCAUGUUUUGGCCAAUCUUUCGCGUACAAUUUGAUUGAUGAGGACAAUGCAGUCCCGCAAGAAAUGGAGUCCAAUGACCUACCAGAUGUGACCUUUAUGAAGCUAUACAUACAGGAGGUAGAUGUUUGUCUGAUGAGCUUAAAUAGUGCCACCAAUAUUUGUUUGAAGGAAGGCGUAUUACUUGAAUUUGAUAAUUUAAUCAAUGCCAAAUACAGUCAGAGAAUCAGCAUUAAAAUUCCUGCUAUUUUAACAAGGUGUCUUGCAAAUCCAGAUCAAGCACGCGGCGAUAGGCAUAUUGAGGAAAACGAGUAUUCAUGGGUGGAGGUAGCAAGAGUAGAUCUAGGAUUAAACAUCACGGUAUUUAGACACACAGCUACUUGGAAAAAAUCACGCCACGAGCAACAAAGUUUUAUCCGAUCUCAAGAUUAUCUAACUCGACGUUGCAUUCGACUUUACGAGGAUGAAGACACUGUAUCGCAACAUUCUCAAUCAUCUUUGCGGUCAACCAAUGGACAUCACGUAGGCGUGUUGUAUGCACCGCCGUUUAGGCCAUUUAUGUUUGGCCGUGUUGAGGAUAAGUCAGUACUUCAUAAUAGUUAUUCCCCAGAUACGCCUUCAGGUAGAUACAGAGGGUAUAGUAACCCAGUAAGUUUGACUAGUCUCCAUUCAUCCGAAGGUAUCUUUAGUGAAUCUGAAGAGGAGAACACAGAGUACAUUCCAGAAGAAGAAAAGCAAUCCCUCCGAAGCUCCAUUUCCAGAGACAAUGAUUCUUUUUACACAGCAAAGGGUUCAGAUGAUGAGGAUAGAAACUUUAUCCCUGAUGACUAUUCCAUAGAGUCCAAUUCGUGCAGCGGGUACACCAGCGAUGCUUCUUCUUCCAACGAGCAGCGUCUUGAGGAUCAACGAGAGCUACAUGAGAGACAUGAUGCAGAGGAAAACAAUUUAACGUCGGCCAUCCCUCCUUCCAUCCCGUAUAGCGAUUAUCUGCGUCGAUACAAAGUGAGUCGCGCAAACUCUGAAUUUAACCAUCACGGCAGUUUCUUUCAUUCAUAUAUUCCCCCGUCAGGACCAAAUUUUAUCCCUGAGAAGGAUUAUGAAGAGAAAUGUAGACCAGUUUAUGCACCUGACAAAGAUACAACUACAGAUUACUUUUCAGGAGAGGAUAAUGAGGAGUAUGAGAAUGAAGACAUGGAAAGAAAAGAGACCAGUAAUGGGAAAGGAAAUGAAGUGGUUGCGACGACAGUGAUUGAGGCCACACGACCUGUUAUUAUCUUGGUAACGCCCAUUCUUGUUAAAAUCGUUCAAGAAUUAGCCGAAGAAAUUAUCAAAGAUGAUUGGGAUCUCGAAACCAUGUUAGAUGCUCUUCAAGUGGAAUAUAUCGGCCAACUUACUCGCUACUUAACUGACCAAUAUAUAUGUACUCGAUUUGCUGUCAUUUUACCACAAGCCUAUCUUCAUUUUAUCCAAAAUGUCACUAUUCCUGAUGAUUUAACCUCUUACAAUAACGGUGAAAACUAUGUUAAAACGCAAUAUAAUAUCCAAGACAACAUUUUGUGUUCUGCCGAUAUAUUUCUGAAUAACUUUAGAAUGAUCGGUAGCGUCAAAUUUGAAGACUACGCAUUCGACGAAAAGAAGAAAAAAGUAGUCGAGUCUAAUAUGGUCCUUCAAGAAUCACGCGUCCAUAUUGAUGUGGGUGACGUUGGAUCAACUGUGCAAUAUAUCUCAAAGCAGCAUGAGCGACAAUCGAUGGCGUUUGGCAUCCCACACAAAUCCCUCAGAAAUAAGAAUAUAUAUUCCAACGGAGAGGAGGAUGAUAGUACAUUAGUGGAUGAGCUCGUAAUGUUGGAUCUUGCCGUUAAGGGAUUCAGUUUUAAAUGGUUAGGAGCAAGAACACCCAAUUAUGCAGAGAUGAACACAAAAAGCAUUGAUAUUGUCAUCAUAACUGAGUCAGUCGAGAUUCUUGUGGGUGCUAUUUAUACUUGGCUUGUCUUUGUUGAUGAUUUGAAGGGUAUCCUCGAAGGCUUCCAAGAUCAGCGUGCCAAACAAGUCCAGGUUUUCAUUAAUGAAAUAGCUGAUUUCUCAAUCACUACUGGUGUGCUAGGUGAUCCUAUUUUCUUGACCACCCCAACGACCAUGCUACGAUUGGGUUCUCGUAACUUUAGAAAUGAUGUCGGCUGGAAACUACUGGCUCGUAUGCGUCAUUGCUUACGUUCCAUGCCACUAUCCAAACGCGAACAACUCCAGUACAGACUUACUUCAGGAGGAUCUCUACAAAAUAUCAACUCGGACCAAAUGUUUGAAAAUGUGGUGAGGACCUUUUCUCGUUGGCGUAGUUGGGAGAUUGGCAAUUGUGAUAUCUCUCACAGUCGUCUUUUCACUUUACCAUUCAAGCAAAAAUCAACCGAAACUGGUGUUGUAGAUAAAAACAUGACUGAUGAAGUAGUUAAAUUUCUGAUAUCAUCAGCUAACUUUGCAAAGCUUCGAUUUGGCGAAUUCAAAUUCACAAUUUAUGAAGAGGAGACAGCAGACAUUUAUAAAGAGGAAAACAGUCUUUUGAUUGGACCCUUUGAAUUCUUACUUGAAUGUCUGUUUAACGCUUCUUCCAUCCCAGCUGUACCCGAAGGUGGUGGCAGCAGCAGUGUUGAUGGAGCACGUCGAUCUGUAGCCAUGUUGGACGGUUACUUGGAUAUAGUCACAAAGAUCAGCAUAGGUGAUGUCAAACUUUCUGCUAAUCCCAUCAUUUUGGCUUUCGCAAGACAUAUGCUGCUCGUACAACGAGUCUUUUCAGCUAAAUUACGUAGUCUCUCUCACGGAAACAACAACUUAUCCACAGAAAAUAAUGAUUCCUGCACAACCAUUCAUGCUAGAGACAUUGGUUCAUCGAAACAGGAAAACCUAGACUUUAAUUUUGACACGCUUUUAAGUAAAGUCGAUGUGGUCGCUCAAGCUUUAGUAAGUUUAGACAGUGUUCAGAUGAUAGCGCAUGCCCAGGAGCUUCGUAUGGACUCCAUUUUAUCCGGUAUACAAGGAUCUGCAUUGUUCUCGAACCCUAAGUUAGCGCCACUUCAGCUACCAGCUCACGAUCGUGGGGAUUCAGACACGGGGUCUGGUAAACGUAGUUCAAAUCGUGCAUCACGAAAAAAUGCUCAAGCCGAGCCUCGUCUUAUCCUGGAAGCAGCAGGGGGUAUCAAUACCAUUGAUAUUAAAUUUAAGGAAGGUGUACAAAGAAACAACAGCACCAGUUACAGUACGUUGCUAGCCAUCUUAUUGGAAAAAGCCAAUGUGAAUGCGAAUAUUUCCCAAAUUACGAAGGUUUCUAAAAAGCACGGGAAGUCCGACAUAAGUACUAGUAAAAGUGUAUUGAAUGUAUUUUCCAAUAUCCACAAGUUUCAUAUCCAAGCUCCUCAAAGUUUAUUGCGAUUGUAUGGAUUCAUCGAAUCAUGGCAAGCAGAACAAGGCAGACGAUAUCAUUUUAUGUUUCAGAACCUUGUAAAAGAAUGGGAAGAGCAACGAGGAGACGUCUUAUCUGUUGCACCCUCUAUUAUCUCUAGAAAUUCAACACCUGCUAUUCCGACAUCCAAGAAAUUGGAUAUCAAACUUCAGUUUUUGCUCAACGAGUUUUUAGUUCGAUCAGAUUUACUCCCUUCGCUCAGUGUCGAAUAUCGUAUACUUGAUUUUUUUGUUAUGGUCAAUGAAACUCACCAAAAAUCUUUCCCUGUGCACAUGUAUACCUUUCAAUUAUCCGAACAAGUGAUUCAUCUGAUCACAAGAGAUGCCAAAAAGAAUAAAACAAAUCGAGUAGCUGAGAAAAGUUCGUUUAGCAUACCUGGUAUCCGUAGUACAGGCUCUCUUCGUACUGAGAUUGUCAAGGGUGUCAGCCAACUAAAAUUAAAAUCCAUGAUCUCUGUCGAUUUGAUUUCUAUGUCUCUGGAUGUCAGCUUGAUCGAUUCUCUUUUAACUGCACAGUCUUUGUUGGGCAAUGAAGUAAGUGAACUAGUCGAAGUUCUGUCCUAUACAAAACCGAGAAAAACCUCAACUGUAGCCCCCACCACGGAAACAGUCGAGCUUCCUUCAGUGGGCAAGAGUGUUUUCAAGUACACAAUUGAUAUAUCUUUAGAUGGUCUACGUGUAUCUGCAGCCAGUCCCUCUGCAAUAGGUAUGUUUCGCUCCAACGUGCUAGAAGCAUCUAUUUCCAAUGACGGGGAAGAUGCAUCGGACCAACUUACGUGGAAACUUCAGGCACGUAACUUUUCGCUUUCAUUGGAUCACAAUACAAUGGCACAUGAUAAUGAUACCUUGCUCGAGGAUGAGAUAUACAGACCGAAUUGUUUGGCUUAUAUCUUGGUAGAUUUCAGCGUUCAAAACUAUUCACAGGCAUGUACGGAUACAGAUUGUACCAAGGGUACACACACCCAUAGUCAUGAUAAGGACUUUGACACACUGUUUAUUGAUUUUGCUAAAAUUCAAACGGUCAUGCAGCCUAUUGCCCUGGGCAAACUUGCAGAAAUGUACAUUUACUACGAUGCAGAACUACGCAAAAAGAAACUUAUCAAAAAGGAUGAGAUCGAUCAGCUUUCAGCCAAUACAAAACGUAUUGUACAAUCCAUCUCAAUCAAGAACGAAUGGCCUAAAGUGCUCCAAGAAGAAACACAAUCGCUCCUGGAAGGGAAAAUUAUUUGUUUGCGUGUGCGUCGGUUGGGUGUUGCAAUUCCUUUAGGUGAUUUAUCUGAGAUGCCACAAGCGUCGGAAGCGUCCAGAGGGGUUAGUGCACUACUACUCUCAGUAACAUCGAUUGAGUUCAUGUCAAAGAAUAUAGAGAAAGGUGCAUUGCAACUGGAGAAUAUUGCAUUACAGUUUGUGAAAAGAUUUGAUCAAGACAAAGCUGAACAUUUUGUGGCAGACAAUCAUCCUCGUAUGAAUCAAGUCAGUCUUCCUUGUAUCUCUUGCAAUGUCUCUGCUGCCAACGUAAAACCCCUACAGUCUGUCAAAAUCGAUGCCCAGGUCCGUGGGUUUGAAGUGGAUGUUGACGGCACGAUUGCAGAUUAUAUCAAUACCCUAAGCAUCAUUUAUGUAAAGAGUAUGGAUCGUGUGGAGAAAUUUACGGCCAAAACAAAUUUCAAGGCCGCAUCAGCUAAACCAAAUACACCUGUUUUGGAGUCUCCCAGUACAUCUGAAGUUGUGCAUCUGGAUAUGGACUGUAAAUUUAUUUGUGAUAGCGGUACUAUUCGAAUGUAUCCUAAGCGACAUUCGGGAGACGCUCAGAGAUAUAAGAAGAGAGCAAAGUCGUUACGUAUACGUACAGGGUUUGAUCCGAAAACCACGGAUGGAAAUAUGGCUACUGUCGAUCUUCCAGGUCUUAGCGCAUGGCUUACGUAUCAAACACCCUUAGGUGCGCAUGCUUCUGUGGCGGAUGCACCCAAGCGAUUCCAUGCUGAUAUUUUAAUUAGAGAGAGCAAAAAUACAUUACACCCUGCACUUGUCCAAUUUUUGCGUGAAGUUAUUACGGGUCUUAAAGUAGGUAUCCAGCAAACAAGUGAACGCAAAGCUGUACGAGAGACAGGGGCCGAAAUCGAAUCCAACUUGAACGCCUCCCUCUUUUUACGUCUGUCUAAAACUCAACUCGACUUGAGCUGCCAACCAAGUUCUAAGGUCCUAUGCUCUCUUGGUUGGGAAGAAAGUGAAUUUUUAAUGAAUGCGUUCUCCAAUGACACAACAUCUCGUACUAUGAGCUGUGUAGGUUCCGUGCGUGAGAUUACGGCGGUGGUAAAGCAUCAUUUCUCUCCUGAAGCAUGUCUUCAUGUCCGUUUAGAUCGCAUCUUAUUUAAUGCAAUGCUGACCUCUCAACGUGAAGGUGGUGACUCCAACGACGAUAUUUCUAUCAUUAUUGAACUGCCAAAUAUCAUGGGGGAUAUUAAUAUGCGACAUUUACAAGAUUUAUUGAUUCUCAACUCAUGCUGGUUUGACCAGCCUAUUGUCUCGGACGUUGAUACCAAGUCAGCCGGACAUGCGUUGAAAUCAUCUCCUUCAUUAAGUGUGAUCACAGACUCACCUGAUCCAACGAAUAGUGUGAACCAAGCUAUGACAUCGUCUCCAGCACCCUUCUCUAAACAUGUUGCCAUUCGUAUGCAAAAAAUACAAUUCUCUGUGGAUAUGGGACAAAGUAUCGGUAAGAUUAGUUUGGUGCCCGAAAACGCUGCGUUCCAGCUUCAUCAUGUACCCAACGAGUCCAAAGGCAUGAGCUUAACCUUAGAUACCAUCAAGGUAGGUUCCGAAGGCAGACUAUCGGGUACUGCCGUCUUCGAACGUACAGUGGUUCAAGUACGUGUGGAUCAAUCCGUGGAUAACCAACAAGAAAAAUCAUCUAUAUGUGUACGAUCUGAUGGAUUUAAAGCCAUAUUUGAAUACGAAUAUCAACAUAUUCUAGAUGCCAUUCAGCAGUCGUUGGAAUUCAAUGUGAAUCUACAAAAGAGUAUGGGAAAUCAAUAUGAUUUACAAGUAUCGAUUAAUUUAGAGGCAUUGAUUGCCCGACUUUCCAUCAAGACAGUGCCUGUAAUUAUUACCAUGGUUCAAAAGUUUGAAGAGUUGCUUCAAAAGAAGAAGGCAGAAGCAGGGAUUCGGUCCGAGAGUGAACCUGAGAUCGUCGUACCUUUUAAGAACAAAGACGAACAUAAAAAUCUCUAUGAGAAAUCAUCUGUGCGUAGUCAUGUUUCCUUAUGUAUUAAAGCGGUAGAAUUGGUGAUUUAUCCUAGUCAGUUCCAAGAUUCAGAUAAUGUCGACAUCCGUGCUCAUCACUUUAGGAUUGCCUUAGAGGAGUUACCACGCAAUGAAUUAGGUGUGCAUCGCAAGCUUGUGAUUACACUAACAAGUGCCGCUCUAGCCAAAAACGUGCCAGGUAAAGAGCUCAUGUUACUCUAUAGUGCACCGUUGCCUCCCAUCGCCUCCAAACCGAAAAACCUUGGUGGAACGUCAAUAUUUGGUAUCCCUGGUACAGAAAUCUCGAUGGAAUCUACACAAUUAGAAAGGCGCAUCGCGCAUGAAUUUAAGGCGGUAUUUGCGGGUCGUGUCAGUGUCUCACUCAAUUUGGGUCUUAUCAAGUAUUUACAAGAAAUGAUCAACAUGUUUAAUAUUCAGCUGUCGCGUGCGUUAGAGAACAGUGCUAUGGAUUCCAAUGAGCCAAAUACACCAAUAAGUGUUUCUAGCGCUUUUGACGAUGCAGAAGACGGGGGCAUUUCUUUUAGUCGCAAGUCGUCCAUGGUCCCUGAUACACCCACCACGAAAAGAGCUGAGUCAAGCUUAACUGUAACUACAGUGGAUACAUCGGUGCCUAAAGAACCCGUUCCUAUUGUUGAAAAAUAUGUGUAUACAUCCAUUAAUUCUGUAAACUUUGACCCUCAGUUGCAGGUUAUGGGAGAUGCUACACCCCCUGUGGAAUGGCUCGGUCUCAAAAGAGAAAGAAUUCCAGGACUUGUUCACGAAAAUAUUACCUUGCAUCUAGAUCAGUUGGUUAAAGUGAUAUGGAACGUUUUAGAGUCUCAAGCUGACCAAAACGAUGUACAAUAAUAAUGAUAAUAAUAAUAAAAAAAAAUUGCUACUAAAAAAAAA